GGUGCCAAAAUUAAACAUGUCGGGAAAGCUUUUUAGGUUUUUAGGGUCAUAAACAUCGUUCUCGUUCCCGCUUCCUCCAUCUGCUAUUUCCCGCUCACUCCAUCCAAUCCGGACAACGAAGUCAACCAUAGCAAUCUGCGAAGUCGACCAUAGCAAUCUGCGAAGUCGACAUCUGCUAGUUCAGCUCCACCUCCUUCCUAUUUUUAUUCCUCUUUCUGCACAUUCAAUCCGUCGCUCAGACCCUAAACUCUAAUACCCAGAAAUCAAUCAGAUUUGUCCGUCUCUCGCUUUGUGGACUGCAUCUUGUCGAUCUCCACUCUCAAAACAGGUCAGAAGCUCAAAGCUCACUUCUUUUCAUGUUUUGGGAGCUAAUCAAAACCAAGAUUCGAUUUGGCUUGGGUUUACUCCAGGGAAUUGGUCUUUUAUUUCAACAAAUCAAAUGGUUGAGGAGUCAAUAACUCUAAAAUCAGAUAGCCCUCCCCCAAUUUUCGACUUCUCUCUCUCUCCCUGAUCUAAUUUCGUUCUAUCAAACCAGAUAGAACGUUGAGGAGUCAAUAACUCUAAAAUCAGAACUUUAGAAGAUGCGGACUUUCAGUUCAUUAGUUCAUUGAAGGACAAUUUAAAUGCAGAGGUGGCACUUGGAACUGUCACCGAUGUCAAGGAAGCUUGUGCAUGGCUUGGAUAUACAGACCUUUUUAUAAGGAUGAGGCUCAACCCUUUGGCAUACAGUAUCGCAUGGGAGGAGGCACUGUGUGUUGAUUACACUUAACCUAUAUAGUUGACCAGUUGACCAUCGUUGAAUGUUGAUGGCUUUUCUCCGGACUACAUUAUGCUUAGUUCACUUGAAUUUAUGUGCUUAUACAGGAAAAAUUUCUUUUGCAUUUUGCAGGUUAUGGCAGAUCCUUCCUUGAGUUUAAAGCAGAGAUCUCUGUAGCAGAUGCUGCGCGUGCCCUUGACAAAGCAAAAAUGAUGCGGUUUGACGAGAAAAGUGGCAAUUUUUAUUGUAUAGAGCUUGGUCGCAUAGCAAGCCACUUUUAUAUUCAAUACUCUAGUGUUGAAACCUCACAUGAAUGAGACUGAGGUAAUUGUUUUCUUUAAUAAACUUGUAUUGGAUUUGUGUGUGUUCAACAUUACCAUCACCCAAUUGUUUUCAACAAAAGUAUCUUUCCAAGUAAAUAAUAUAUCCCCUAGAGAUGUUGUUUGUUGUGGACUGAUCAUGCGCCUGUUAAAAGAAUGAGCUGGAAACUCGUAGUGUUUGUUAGUUGAGGGAACCCACUAGAGCCUUUAAAAGCGUGUCUUCAUAGGAAAAAUGUAUGGGUGAUCCAUCCAUGACUGGUAAUAUUACUGUCUUGUUAUGUUUGAUAUCAUUGUACUCUUCUUGCUGGUCCUCCAUUUAAUAAGCCUACUGUCUCGUAAGCUUCAUGGCAGCCAUCUUUCUUAAAUGAUUGUAAACCAACACAACCUUCACAUACAUGAGAUGACUGUAACAAUUUUCAGCCUGCUGUUAAUGUCUUGGAAGCAGAGCUGAGGUUGAUUUUCUCAUGCAGAUAUAAUGCUACAGGUCAGCAGGAGAGGAAACAAAGAUGGAAUUGCUGCUGAUCCAAAUAUUGACACUAAAAUGAAGAAUGGGUGGUCCAGUUGGAGAUGCGGAUGAGAUUUUAAGAAGGUGGAAAAUAAGGAGGCAUGAGUUGCGGAGUUCAAUGAACACUAUCAUUCUUCCCCUCGGAAAAAUUGAUGUUGGACAUUCACGCCACCGGGCCCUUCUCUUUAAGGUACUAGCUGAUAAGAUAAAUCUUCCAUGUAUGCUGGUCAAAGGUAGCUACUACACGGGUACUGAUGAUGGAGCUGUAAACUUGAUUAAAAUUGAUAGUAGAAUUGGAAGUGAAUAUAUUAUUGAUCUGAUGGGUGCGUCUGGAACACUAAUUCCUGCUAAGAUGUGGUUCAUGAUGUGUCUCAGCAUAUGGAAGAGGUUCAAGAUGCAACCAGUGGCCAUGAAUUUAGAAGGGAGUCCAUAGGAGAAGGAGUUCAUCCACAUUCAACUAGUGAUCAAGAAAUUGAGCAUGCUCCAGUACUCACCAAGCCCCUCUAGUAAAUGAUAAAUAGUAUUGUGGUCAAGGAUGCUUUUGAACAAUAUUACGUUUGGCAACUUUUCCUUCCAGUUAUCUAGUAUGGUAGGACAUUAUAAUUAUGAAAGACUGUAGUUUGGUUAAUUUCAGUUUGUACUUGGUAGUGGAAUAUAACUUGGCACUUAUCUUUUGAUUAUAUAAUUUCAGUUGUGAGAUAGCUAUGAUUGAAAGAA